UGCAAUUCGCGGGGCAAUGACAUAGGACCACGUUUUCCCGCUCACCCAAGGGCACAAUCGGGCCCGGUCACACACCACUCGCAACGACAACCUUUCAGCCUCGCCAUUACAAUAUGUGCCGAUAGAUACCGCAACCGCUUGCGAGUCUGUGAUCUACCAAGGGUGUCUACCAUGCCCUCUCUACUCGUCAUCAUCCUCGUUCUUGAGGUGUUCUCCCACCUGGUCAACACUGUCGGAGCUGCCGCCAUCAACAAUCUGCUUUGGACCGCCCUCAACUACCUCCCCAUCUCGACCGCAAAGGCAGCAGCGCAGCAUCGAAAGCUGCAAACCGACUUUCUCAAGACGCGAAAGGAGCUGAAUGCGACCAGCAGUCAGGAUGAGUUCGCCAAGUGGGCGAAGCUCCGUCGGACCCACGACAAACAGCUGGAGCAACUAGAGAAGAGUAAGCAAACGCAGGAAGCAUCGAGAUCCAAGUUCGACACCUACCUGACCGGCUUCCGAUGGGCCCUCACCAAAGUCCCUCAAUACGGCCUGCCGUUUUGGUUCUCCAAGGAGCCCAUGUUCUGGUUGCCGUACGGCUGGUUCCCCUAUUACGCCGAAUGGAUUCUCUCGUUCCCCAAGGCCCCGAUUGGCAGCGUCAGCAUCGCUUCCUGGCAGUUGGCGUGUUCGGGCAUAGUUACGCUCCUCACCGAGCUGAUUGUCUCGGUCAUAGGACUCGUCUUCGCAGCUAAGGAGAGCAAAGAAAAGCCGGCCAAGGUUCCUGCGUCGUCGAGUAAGACAGCGUCCAAGACCGCGACUGGUAGGUCCGAGACUGGGAAGAAAGAGUUGUGA